AUGGUCCGCGUCAAACAUCGCUACCUCCUCCUCGACAUCCUCUACCCAGAACCCUCCUCCUGGCCCACCUCCUCAACAGCCAAAACAAAAUCGCCCUCGCCCUCGCAAGCUGAUGCUCAGGUCCGGAUCCACUCGCCCACCUCGGAUGCGCUGACGCCCGCCCUACUCGCGAAGAUGGUGAGGGAGGAAGUCGCGGAGAUUUUCGGGGAUUGGGGUGUUGGCCGGCUGGGUGGGGUUGGGGCCGGUGGUGUUAGUG